UAUUGCCACACUGGAGACUGAACACACCAUUCAGAUAUUAACAGAAACCACAAGGAAGAGUCAGCUCAGCAGCAGUGUGCCAGAAGAGAUGCCUCCUGUUGUUCUCUUAUGGUGUAAGAAAAGGAUCAACUUUUUGUAAUCAUUGGCGCAGGAGCAGCUGGAGCAACAUAUCGCUGAACCAAAGUUUGCACCAUGGUUGUCCAAGAGUCACAGGAUACAAAACUGACCCACAGUGAUUCUGUUUGCCCAAGCCAACAAAACAGAUCCAACACAUCUUUAUCCCAGUUCUCUGGAAGCUCACAGCAUUUUACGUCUAAUGAAAAUAUCUAUUAUGAGCCAGAGGAGUACACCGAGACAGAUUUUUUGCUCCCAAAUCAGCUUUAUGGCAGGUCACGGCUCACCAGAUCCCCUCAACCAAAAGAUGCAAAUGUCUCAGGUGCACCUGAAGAGUCCAUCUGUUCCAUGGUUCUGCAGAUUCUGGUGCCAUUUCUGUUGGCUGGGCUUGGAACAGUUUCUGCUGGGAUGCUGCUCGAUAUUGUUCAGAGCUGGGAGGUGUUCCAAGAAAUCACAGAGAUCUUAAUUCUGGUCCCAGCUGUUUUAGGCAUGAAGGGAAACUUGGAAACGACUCUGGCUUCAAGACUCUCGACUGCUGUGAAUGCAGGAAAAAUGGACUCUCCCAGAGAAAAGUGGAUGCUGAUUGCUGGAAACCUGGCACUCAAGCAGCUACAAGCUACAGUGCUGGGCCUGCUGGCUUCCCUAAUGGCAUCUCUGUUGGGCUGGAUGGCAGAAGGACAGAUGCCCUUUAAUCAUAUAAUGCUCCUGUGCUCAACCAGUGUUUCUGCUGCAUUUGUGGCUUCACUGCUGCAAGGUAUCGUUAUGGUGGGAGUGAUCAUUGCCUGUAAGCGGAUAGGAAUCAACCCUGACAAUGUGGCCACACCGAUAGCAGCCAGCUUUGGAGAUCUCAUCACUCUUGCCUUGUUGGCAUGCUUCAGUCAGUGGUUCUACUCCUUUAUAGAACUUUAUCCCUAUGUGUUGUAUCUGGUAAAUCUAUUGUUUUUAUGCCUGAUUCCUGCCUGGGUGGCUGUCUCAUCCAAACAUCCAGCCAGUGAAAUCUUGCUGCACACAGGCUGGGAACCGAUCAUUAUAGCAAUGCUCAUCAGCAGUAUUGGAGGAGUUAUUCUGGACAAGACUGUAUUGGAUCCAAACUUGGCAGGGAUUAUAGUUUAUGCCCCUGUCAUAAAUGGUGUUGGAGGAAAUCUCGUUUCCAUACAAUCUAGUCGUAUUUCAACUCAUCUGCAUUUGAAAUACUCACCGGGGGAGCUGCCUGAGGGUCGACAGAGCUGUUCCAACCCUUGGCACACAUUCUUUGGUUCAGGAGCAAACCAUCGAUCUGCUAAGAUUCUGCUUCUCCUGGUGAUCCCUGGUCAGUUGAUCUUCUUACAUGCUAUUCACUUGAUCAAAGGAGGCCACACUUUGCCAAGUCCUCUCUUCACCAUUGCCUUCUUGUUUGCAUCUUUGAUUCAGGUGUUAAUCCUGCUCUGCAUGGCUGACUGUUUGGUUCACUGUUUGUGGAGGAGGGGUAAAGACCCUGACAGUUACUCAAUACCUUACCUCACAGCCCUCGGAGAUCUUCUAGGGACUGCUCUACUUUCAAUUGCUUUUCUCAUGCUGUGGUGCAUUGGUGAUUCAGGCAGUGUGUAGAUUCAAAAUGAGAAAACAAACCCUUAUAGUGCUUAUGAUUUUAAAAGGCAAAAUGCAAGUAAUACUGAAGAUUUGCAACACACAAAUGUGCCUUCAUCUUUAUGAACAAGUAACACUGUUUUCUGCCUUAAGGUGUUUAUUUAAAACACAAGAAACACACCUACAGGACACAUACAAAUACUCUUAAUUUUUGCACAUUUCACAUCUUUGUGUCUGUCUAAUCCACUGCAAACCAUCAUGUACUUACAAAGUCAGGAUGUCAUGAAAACAGACAAACCAUGACAGCGAGAGUGCAAUUUUUUUCAUCUUGUGCUUCACUCACUGUGUGUGUGUGUGUAUGUGUGUUGUCACAAUAUGGUUUCUAAAUACCUGAAAUUUGACUGAGAUUUUUUUUCCUGUAAUUUCUCUUAGUACAGAAAUGAAAAUGCAAUGAAACAUUAUGUGGAGCCCUAUUCAGAUGUAUUGCAUUUUAAAUCUUUUUUAUAAUGUUGCAAAUUUGUAUUCAGUGUAGCUUUGCUACGUUGUAACUUUGCUAUGUCUGAAAAAGUACAUUAAGUGGUAGAAACCAGCUACUCUACCAGUGUCUCUUGUCUUUCUGUUUCAGAUAGUUUUCAGAUAAUAGAAAGGCUGAUGAAUGAACACAGAAAAGACAGGACAGUCCAGCUUAGCAACAACACAAGAACGUACUAUGUAGCAGCUGUAAACCUAAUGAGAAAAAUGGGUGUAGACUCACUAAAGUGUAGGGGGAGGGAGAACUGACUGCCAAAAUGCCAUCCUCAUACCUUCCUCCAAAGUUGUGAAAAGGACGAGAGAGCACAUCUGGAAUUCAUUCAGGACAUUUACAGCAUCUGACACUUUCCUUCUGGUUUUCCAACCUGCUGGGGGCUCUAGUAAUGAAGCUACUGAAUGUUAAACAAAUUCUUCUUAAUCUUUCUUUGUCUGCCAGUAGGGUUCACAGCAGGCCCAAGAACUGUAUGUGCAAAAGUUAUGAAAUUUGGGACCAUAUCUGGGAAAAGUCCCUCCACAGUUUUGCCUUUGAGUCUGGAUUGCUCACCUAAAGAUUGAAGUCAAAUGUGUGAUGUUCAAAAAUGUGAUGCUUUUAAAUUUCUUGGACAAGGCUGGGUUCAAAGCACACUGUGUUAAAAAAAAAAAGAAAUUUAACAUGCCACAAUUUCACUAUUGUGAUUUUUAAAGUGACUUAUGUCAGCUGACUAACUAACUGGAGAGUAAAAUGAGCACGGAUCAAUCGGUUCCCUUAUUUGUGCAAAAAAACCAAGAAACUCAAAAACAAAGCAAACUCAAAUGUAACAGAUUUAAAUAAAGUGUGGGAAAGAAAAAUAUUUGGGAUUUCAAAAAAAGAAUAAAAUCUAGUUGAGCUGUUGCACCAGAAGCCUUAUUUGUAUGAUGUGUUCUGCAGCUGUUAUUAUUAUCAUAGUUACGUGAGUCUGUGUUAUCAUUAUACAAUCUUUAUGCAUUAAUCUUGACUUUUCGCCAAAAUUCAGUGAUCCAUGUCACACAUUGUGGCAUCAUGUCACACAUGAUCGCAACAAACUGCUGAAACUGCACAGUAUGAAGGCGCCUUUAAACCAAGAUCUCGUGGGUCUGGUAUGCACUGACAUCAAAUUUGGCUCUCAGAAAAGUAUAAUUUGACCUUUGAUAACUCUGCAGUCACAAAAUAAAAUGUUCCUAUCACUGUUUCCUGCUUGCUUCCGAGUAUGUUAUCUAUAAUAUCUAUGACAGCUGCACACGGCUAUUAUGUGCUCAGAAGCAUGAAGAAAUUAUGGCAUUAAAUUGAGACAUGAUGAUUAAUGAUUGUAAGCACAAGAUGACAAAGACAAGCUUCCAUAAUAAUAUUUUAAGGCAAAAAAAAAAAUGUUCAUGAGAAAUUUUUAAAACAUAAACACAAAUCACACACAUACCUCUCAAGCUAUGAAUGUCUCACAAACCUGCGACCUUUUCCUUUCAUUAUUAUUUGCCUUACCAGCACAAACGAACCCGUCUGCUUGAUGUCUGAGCUCAGUGGAUGCAGCUUUUACUGUGCCUCUAUCCAGAAAAGAACUAAAAUGUCACAAUUAUUACUUUUUAUAGUAAGAAAUCAACCUAAAGGUUUACUUUUAUUCUCUGA